AUGGAGGAUGUGACACUGCGGCAGGAUUGGCAGCAAGAGGAUGCAUGGAAUUCAAGAAGAGACUUUGGUUUCAAUCGGAAUUGCUUUUUUGGCGAUGAUGAUGACAAUAAUGAGGAUAACAAGUGGCAAAUAAAUACUCGGAAGAAUUCUGCUUGCGAUGCUGCCGCUGCUGCUGCUGCUGCUAAGGAGCACCCUUCCACUCGAUUGCAACGAGGGUUGAUGAGUGUGGCGGCGUGCCUUAAUACGCUCUCGAGAAUCACGGUGCAGCAGAAGCUUCUUUUGGGGCUCUCAACCGAGGGCGCAGCACCGGAAAUAUCGUUAGGAGGCGAAGAAACUUCUUUGAGGCAUGAAGUGGCGAGGAAAACCCCGAAGUGCAGUCACGCGGCAGCGGUUUUUCCAAAACAGGGAGCCUCAACUUGUGAAGCCACGACAUGUACAACACUGCAUAAUCCCGGGUUGGGAGGCGGGGACAUGUCGGAUGCCGCAACUUCUCCGAGUGGGGCCGCAAAAUCAGGUGAAUUGCGAAGGGAUGCUGCGGUUGCGGAAUCUUUUGAGGUUUCACAGGAGGCUAUUGUUUCCGAAAGAGACUACCUUUCCCGACUAUUGGCUGAAGCGAAGAAGGAGAUGGACGAGUUAAAGUGUACAUAUGAGCAAGAAAUUCGUUGGCUGCAAGGCGAACUUAGCGGUUAUCAAAGUAUGACGGCUCAGCUUCGUGAGGUGGAGAAUGCCCUUCAUCUGGAAUCCCUUUCUGCGGCGGAGAAGAUUGCCCGGUAUGAGGAGGAGAUAAUGACGUUGCGCAAUCUGCUUGCGGUUGCCACAGAAAGAGAACUCUCACUACCAGCCAAAAACGAAUCCAUGGAAGGGAUUGAUGGGGCGCAGGUGCAAUGCCUAGAGGAUGCGUUGGCGGUUGCGGCAAAGAUGAACACAGCGUUGCUGGAAAAUGCAGAGAGGCGCGAUUUGGCAUAUUGUAGUGCCGUAAAGGAGAUAGACAAUCUCAGGGGCAAAUUAAUAGAGGCGGGAGAUGAGGCAAGACAUGAAAAGGAAAUGUGUGAGAGGAAGAUAAAUACAAUGGAACGUGAAAUCCUCUUCUUGAGGCCUUUUAAGGAACGUGUUGGUAUAGCUGAGGAAAAAUUGCGGAGAUGUGCCCAGCAGGAAAAAUUAGUGGUGAAGUAUGAAGGAGAGAUACGACACCUGCGGUCGGCCCUGAGAGAGGCGGAGAGCCUCACACUGAGGCUCCAACAGGACUAUGCGUCACUUUCUGCUGGUUUGACUCAAGCUGGGACAAACAAUGGGAAUGGUUUUACGCAGUCGAACGCCGCCGUACAACCUGACGUCGACGCGGGUUACUCAGAUAAGGUUGAGGAUGCCGAAAGUUCCUCACACGUGAUGCGUUUGACGCAUGAAAUUGGGCGUCUGACACAAGAGUGCAGCGCGCAUCGUGAUGCGUUGGAGGCCUUGAAGCGGGACCACAGUAUCGAAACCGAUUUCUUGACAGCAAGGCUCUUGAAGGUGGAAUCAGGCCACGCGACGUAUCCUCCACAGGAGGAGCCACCGACGCUGCAGCGAGAGCCGCGAGCAACACGUGACACCAGCACACAGGCGCUGGCGGGCGAUGGUGAUACGCUGGACAGGUUGGGUGGCACCUCUGGGUUGCGGCCGACGCUCCUUGGAGAGCUUUCCUUCCGUGUGAGGGAUAGCCACACGCAUGCAGAGACUUGGGCCUCGCCUAAUGCUGGCGUCGGGCAGCCGUGGGGAAACGGUGUCGCCUAG